UGUUUUGGGUAGUGAUACGAAUUUACUCGAACAUGUUGAAGUUACGAAACAAAUAUUUUUUUCCCGGAAUAUGCCCGGUUAUAUUUUGGUCAAUUAAAUGGUCAUGGACUACAGUCAUUUUUUUAGCUCUUGGUAUAUAAAUCGUUACAGUCAGCGAUUUCUGGAUUAGUUUUGCCAUUCGGAAAUAAGACAAUGAGGUCUUAUUACCUAUUAAUGUUCUUUAUUCCGGCGUCAGCACUUAUAGUCGAAGAUGUAUUCCCACCAAGUUUAGAAGAAUGUUACUCUGGACAAGUUGACAAAAACACCACUCCAUAUGAUGUUCAAACGAGCUGUUUGGAAAAGUUUUUGGGUCAUAUGUACAAGAAUACUAGCUCAAUAGAUUUAGGGAAGGAUGCUUUUGACUGGUUCGAUUCUCUCGGCAGAAAAUUACAUAUCCGACUGAGACGACAAGGUCGGUACAGAUUGCGCGAGAGGAAGGAAAUUAGAACAUUAAGUGAAAAUGAAUUAAACAAUUUUUUGGACGCAGUAAAUGCCCUGAAAAAUGACAAGAGUGUCAAACCCAACAAGUAUGAUUCGUUUGCAAUUAUGCACCAGGGUGGGUCCGAAGAAUCUGCACAUGAUGGUCCAAACUUUGUGAGCUGGCAUAGAUAUUUCCUCGUAUUAUUCGAAAAUGCUCUUCGGGAAAAAAAUAGCCGAGUGACUCUUCCAUACUGGGAUUCAAGAGCAGAUUAUUUGAUGAACAAAAAAGAGGAUUCUAUUUUAUUUACUGAAUUAUUUUUGGGAAAUGCGAAAGGCGUUGUGUAUUCGGGUCCAUUUGCAUUUUGGUCAACGCCAACAAAACCGAGAACGUUGUUAAGACGUGAACUCGGAGUAGUUGGCUCUCCAGUUCAUCCAGAGAGGUUAAAAGUAGUGUUUACAAAAAAAUAUCAUCGGGAAAUACUUAGACCAAGUACUCCAGAUAGUAGUUAUGCCAAUUUAGAGUCACACCAUGAUAAUGUUCACAGGUGGGUUGGAGGAAAUACUGGACAGAUGUCGAGCAUAAUAUUUAGUCCAAUGGAUCCAGUUUUCUGGCUUCUGCAUUGCUUUGUAGAUUACCUUUGGGAACAAUUCAGAGAACGUCAAAAGAAAUUAGGAAUAAAUUCAGAAACAGACUACCCAGCAACCACUAUAACAGCACAUAAGCCAAAUAGAUUUAUGGAUAAUUUGAAACCACCAAAGAAGAAUAUUGAUGGGUAUAGUAAUUCGUUUACCAAGCAAAUUUAUAGAUAUGCAGAUGCUCCGACUUGUGAAAACAACUGUGGAGGAGCGUUUAAAGGAUUUCUGUUCUGUGAUAAAAGUAAAAAAGGAUGUGUUUCCGGAUCGAAAAUUGAUUUCAUUAGAUUUGGAGGAUUUAGUCACGUUACGAACUAUUUUCCGUCAAAGGGAAAAGGUAAAAAGACGAAGAUUCCUCAAUCUAUGUCUAGUUUAAAAUCUUCGGCUGUACCAAUAAAGGGGCCGGAUCAAAGUAUUAAAAGUGGAAAUACUUUAGCAUUUGAAAGCCCAGAGAACAGACAACUAUCUGCAACUUCACCAGCUCCAAAAAGCACAACAUUAUUUAGGACCCACUUCGAUAAUGCUGCAGCAAGAGGUCGCAGAUCAGCUGAUUUCAGUUUAAUAGGCAAUAAUUUAAAAAUUGGCUUUGAUAUAAAUCUUCGCUUAAAACAAGAGAUGAGAAACCUCAGUUCUUUGAACAGUGCUUCGUAUCAGUUCGACAAUUUGGCAUUGUCCCCAAUAGCAAUAAUAAACAAACACAACAGGAAUCGAAACCCAGGACAAGAUGAAACUAAAAACCAAAGAACAUUUAACAUUACAUUUCAGACAGAUGGAUUCUCCUACAAUGGUCGACAUAUUGACUUUAUUUCUAUAGAUGAACGCACGCACACGUCUGAAUCUCUUGGUCUUAUUAUGUUUGAGAAGCCAGUGUCUGGUGAAACGAAAGCCUACGUGCGAGUGUACGAUUCAAACGGUGAAAUGUGUCAACCGAGUUGUCUGGUAUCAAAAUCAUUCUAUAAGGAAUGUUCGGGACUGAUCAAGAUCACGUCUGAUUUUCCUCGUAUGUACGUAGAUUCAUAUAACAAUGCUUUUGAUUCAGAAGUAACACCGUUUCUUAGGUUUGUUUGUGUAAAUUAAGGCGAUCAUUUUACUUGAAAAAUAUGACUUGUUAUUUGUCUUAGAAUAUCCAAAAAUACUGUGAAGAAAAUAAUCAAUUUAAUGAUAUAUAAUAUUUAGCAGCAACCAAUAAAGUAAAA